AUGGCCGUCGCGGAACCAUUUUAUAAACCUCAGACAACGCGUCUUAAUCUCGGCCUUUCCUGUCUUAUUGCGGCUGACGCCUUUGUUUCACCUUCCUCUUCCAAUGAAUCAUCUCGCAUACCUUGCACAGUGUCGUGCGUUUCUCGAUUAAUUGAUCUUCGUCGCUUGCGUCAUCCAAAUAUCGUGCGUUAUCUUGAUGCCCAAUGCGAUAAACAUCGACGCAUCUAUCUUGUUACCGAGCAUUACGCCUUUAAUUUUAGUGAACUAAAUCCUCCGGUCACAAGGUGGUCGGAUUUCAACUGGCUGUUGAAACGAUUUGAUGAGUGUCUUUGUGCUCUGACCUACCUUGAAUCCCAUGGGAUUGUACAUGGGUGCCUAAGUCCAUCAUCCAUCCUCAUUGAUAAUUUUGGCAAAGUUAGGAUAGCAGGCUAUGGAAUCUUAUAUGCUUCGCGGUGGGGUAUGGAUCUCGACUUUCCCAUUGUGGAUUUGCGCUACUCCUCGCCGGAAACACUUUUGUUUUCUGAAUCGUGUUUGCGGCAAGACGUGUUAGAACCUCCUAGGCAACCUUGUCCCCUUGACUCGCGAUCUGAUCUUUGGUCAGUUGCACUGAUAUUCACCGAACUUUUGCAUUUCCCCCUACAAAUCUUCGGUCCAGAAAUACUGCUCAAGUCGCUAUUUAGUGCUCUAGAUUCCGAUCACUCUUUUUUCGGUAACAUUACUUCGACCAAACGAGAAAAUUUAACUCAGUUCAGUAAAUCGAUGAGUUUACUUGAUGACAUUUGCGAAUUAUGUCUCGUUCUUGACGCUCGCCAUCGGCUGUCGCUGGCGCAAGUAGUGGCCAAGUUUUCGGAAAAUUUUAAAGAUUUCCAGGGAACUGAUCUUCAUUCAGGGAUUAUGAUGGCUGACGACGCACCAGGGGAGCCAAAUGUGGAGAACAGGGAGUGGGAAUCUUCCGAUGACUGCGAAAAAGCUCUUCACUUUUUGCAAACUCGGGAUGAUCCUGCUGAGAGUUAUUACUACUGGCAGUUAGCUGGUGGUGGCGUUGACUUAGCUUCCACUUUCCUCAAGGGGGUCAAUGGCAGCGAUUGUCUCCGACCGCCGAUUCUUCGUCUACCCCUUUAUUUCACCGGUCUUUCACCUUCAGAAUAUGCUUCGCGAGGUGGACCUUUGGAGCUCUGGUCAUCUGGCAGUCAACCUGCUCGACUAAAGUUUUGUCGGACCAUCGUUCCACUUCCAGCUGAUCGCCUUCUCAAACGUCUUGCUCUCAUGUCAACAAAGUCCCUUUAUCCUCUUCUCUUUCCCCACUCGUAUUCCUGUUUUGAUGGAGAUGAGGAAGGAAAAUUUAGCGUAAUUGAUAGUCUCUCCCUGACCGGUGUUGAGGAUUGUUGGCAACAUCAGAAUCGGAACAUUUCGCUCUUGGGUCACCUACCCAAACACGAGCUUAGUGUUGCUGAUUCCCAUGAAGCAGUGGUUUUCCAACCAGUACUAGUGAAGCAGGCUGAUGUAGAGUAUCAAGUGAUGCGAGUUCGCCUCUUUCGACGCCUCCUUGCGGGGAUGCCGUCCACUGCGACACGGCUGCUUCUUGAGGCCCGAUUCGAUAUUCCGCCCUUUCUCAGAACAGAGGUUUGGGCAGCCCUUCUGGGUGUUGAAUCGGGCUUUCAGGAUGAUACCAGUCGGCGAAAAGUAGAGGCAGCACUCUCCAUCGCAACAACAGUGAGUUCGUCUCAAUCGCGAAUUUCCACGCAAGGUCUUGGUCUCUCCGACCAAGUAAUGGGACAGAUCGGUGUCGAUUUACCACGCUGUCAUGCCUACGAUCUGCUGAUUGGAUCUCCGCUCGGACAGGAGAGACUUCGCUCAGUUUUGAUGGCAGCAUUACUAGCUAAUGAUGACCGGUUUGAAUACACACAAGGAAUGGAUUCACUAGCUGCCGUAUUCACGCGUCUCUUCUUCCCAUCUCCCGAGGUGGCGACACACUGCCUCUCCAAUCUUUUGACCUCGCCGCGACUGGUGGGUUUCUUCUCCCGGCGCCGCUUCACUACUGGUCUGCAGGCCUACUUCGUCCUUCUCUUGCGACUCCUUGCUUUCCACGUUCCUGCUGUAGCGGCGCACUUUGCCCGUUUGGGGGUGCCCCUCACUGGGCUCACCGCUGGCUGGAUUUACACCCUCUUUGCGCACUCCAUGCCCUUGGAUCGCGUCGAGCUCCUGUGGGAUAGCCUCCUUGCAGCAUCACCCUCCCUCCCCAUGCUUGUAUAUGUGUCCAUCUUCCAUCAGGUCAAUCAACAAUGUCGAUUACUGUCGCUGAAUCAGGAGAGUAUAUGCACCUUGCUCUCAAACUUUCCUGACUUCAACCUCGACCAAUGUCUUGAGGACGCUGUCAAUUUUGCAGCUGUCACACCCACCAGCUUGACUGCUCAAUCCAUUAGCCGAGGCACGCCGGGAGGCUGGAUGGACUCGCUUGCCUGCUCGCUCCGUGUUUUCAAUCAGACACACAAAGAGAUGCGUUCUGCUUGCAUCGCAUCAGGCUCAGCACAUCACCGGGAUGGAUGCUGUGUGAAUUGUCUCUCCACGUUUCCAGCCCAUGUGGAUGUUUUGGCGCCAAGUACUAUGGAGAAGGGCGAUGUUGACUCGACGGGUGCUGGUGGUCCACCUCCCUCCCCUUCCGUGAGCUUCAAGCGCAGCGAGUUGGACUACCGAAGUAUCACGUCUAGCCUGGUGCCCCUCAUCGAUCCUAGUGAUGCUCUCCAGCAUCUCUCUCGCACCGACUGUGUUUUAGUCGACAUGAGGAGCAAGGAGGAGUACAGUAGUGGGUGUUUAAUGCAAUCUAUUCACUACCACCCUGUCGAGGUGCAAUCAGGUAUGACCUACUUGACAGGUAGUCAGUUGUGGUUAGAGGCCACGGCGGCACGCAAUGCUACGAGUCCUCGUGGCUACACCUCAGCGCAAUCGCCCGGUCUGGUAAUGCUUCUCCAACAUAGCACCGAUUCUGUUGGUGCUACCGGCGAAUGUGAAACUGGUAGAGGGGACGAUGCCGCAUUCACGCUCGCCUGCUAUCUCAUCCAACGGUCCAUCGAUCGCGUCUGCGUCGUUAAGGGAGGUGCGAGGGCCCUCUUCAGUCUCCCUCAAAUUACUGACUACUUCGUCUCUCCCCACAUCUAG